AUGACAGAAUUUAAUCAAUCUUUAAAAGAUGAAAAUCUGAAAAAUGUGAUAGAUCCACCCACUUUAAUUUUAAGUACGGAGCAAAGGAAACGCAUAGAGGAAAAUCGCCUUAAAGCAAAGGCCAAAUUAAUUGAAAAGCAGAAACAAAAAUUACUAGAAUUCGAACUAAAUUCACUAGAAACAACAAAUGAUAAACUUGGCGAUACAGAAAAAGUAUUACCUCCUAUGAAAAAAUUUGCGAAUUAUGCAGAUUAUGAUUUUUCAAAAAUGGUGGACACCCGUGGAGGAUUUCUAAUAGAAGAAUCUGAGAUAAAUUCAAAAAAGCGAAAAGAAAGAGUUCUCGAACCAGAAGAACCACCACUUAAUUCUUUUCUUGAUGACAACCCUAAAUGUAAAGAAUGUAAAACGGUAGAGAUUGAUUAUCAGUUUCACAGUUCAUUUCGUAUUAACAUAUGUAAAAAUUGCAAAGAAAAAUUUCCAGAAAAGUAUAGUUUAUUAACUAAGACAGAGGCAAAGGAAGAAGUUCUACCUCAUCUUUCGAGACCAAAUCCACACAAGUCAACUUGGAAUGACAUGAGAUUAUAUCUUAGAGAACAAGUAUUGUUAAAAUUUAGAGCUAAAAAUCUCGAUAAAGAAUUUGAAAAACGUGAAAAAGAAAAAAAGGCAAGAAAAGAUAAAAAAUUUAAAAAUAUGCUCUCAGAUCUUCGAAAACGUACAAGAACAGAUAAAUUGGAGAAGAGUAGACGUAAAGAACAUAAACAUGAGUACGGUAUGGCGAUAAAGGAUCCAAAAACUGGAGUGACAACACAAACUUGUAACGGUUGUGGAUUAAAAAUUGAAGUUGAUAUUUUUUAUCGACAUGAAAACUAA